AUGGAGCACUUAUCAACUCCAGAGACUCAAGGGAACGAGCGUUUUAGAAAACAAAGGAACUCGAAUGAAAACAAAAUUAUAUUAAAUGAUGAAGAUAAUUUAAAAAUAAUAAAGAAAAAAAAAAGAAGAAAUGGGAAAAGAAAGAAAAAUGAAAGUCAAGGGGAGCAUGAUGAUGAUAAUGAUAACAAUAAUUAUAAAUAUAAUGAUAACUACUUUGAUAAUGAAGGUACAGUAGGAGAGCAUAAAAAUGAAAAGAUAGUUUUGUUUGAAAAUAAUGAAAUUGUUGAAUAUGAUGCAAGUAAUUUUGGAACUAGAAAGGACAAUAUCAUUGUACUACUUGAGGAAGACUAUUUAAGUGUGUUAGAAUAUUUAAUUGAAAAAAAAUUUUUCCCUGAUAUACAUAAAUUAAGAAAUGAAUCAAGUUACCAAAAGUCCGAAUGUGUUAAUGUAAAAAGUAAUAAAAAUAAUUAUAGUAGCGAUUUUGAGUAUAAUUAUUCUGAUCAAGUUAGAAGUUUGGAUAAUAUGUUAGAGGACAGGAAUUAUUAUGACAAUAAAGCUGCAGAAAACGCAAUAAAUGAUGGGGGAAAUAGUAGCUGUGGUAUUAUGGAUGUAUACAAAAAUAAUAAUUAUUAUUAUGAUGAUGAUAGGGAAAGAAGUAAUGUACUGUGUUUUCCAGAAAGACAAAGUAAGUACAAAUUAGUUGUAUUACCAAACGGUAAAAAACAUAAAAUAAAUUUAAAUAUAAAUCUUCGAGAUUUCCAAAAAAGAUACACAUCAGAGGAUAACAAGUCCUUUGAGUAUUUAUUACGGAAUAUGAAAAAUAAAAAUAUAGAGAAAAAUUUAUAUUCCAUUGUUAAAAGAAAUGAACAUAACUUAAAAAUUGAUCAAAUUGAAGAAUGUACAAAGAAUGGAAUAAAAUGCCAUUUCCUGAAUACAAACAAAUCUGAAAAUGAAUCGAAUUCAAUGAUGUUUUCAUCAAGUUUUAAAGUUAGUGAUGUUGAUAGUAUAAAAGAAAACAAAUUACAGAUAUAUUAUGAUAAUACAAGAUUUUCGGAAGAAUAUAAUAAAGAUAUGAACAAUCAAAUAAAUCAAAGUGAACAAAUAAAAGAACUGAAAAUUAUGAGUAAAGAAAAAGAAAGGAUAGAAGACCAAAUGAUUGAACAAGGUAAUUUUAAUUUAUUAACAAGAAAUAAUCAAUAUGAAUAUGUACGAACUCCCUUAAUAAGAGCAGGAAAGGGUGUUGAUAAAAGUCCUAUAAUAACAUGGGGUAAAAUUAUGAACACACCAAAAUUAAUUCAAAAUGAGGAAAAUGAAAUAAAUGACUAUAAUUCCAAUGAUUAUAGUAAAAUUAAUGGAGGAAUUAAAAAAAAAACCUCAGAAGAAGAUGACAAUGAAAUAUACGCAAAAAAUGAAUUUAAUUUGCAAAAAAUAAAUAACAGAGAAAUUAUUGCAGAGAAAUUACAAAACAGCUUAAAAAAUAUAAAGUAUAAUAAAGAACUUUUAAAAAAAAAAAAUUUAAAUCUUUUAAUAAAUAAAAAUUAUAGUUCUCGUAUGUCCACUACAUCAUUCAGAAAUUCGAUUUUGUCCAGACAGAGCCAAAAGCGUUUAAAUAAAUUGGCCCAAAAGUCUUCUCUAGCUUCGCAAAUUUUAGGCAAAAAAAAGAGCUCAUAA